UUCGUUUUUCCGGGUGCGAAGCUGAUGAAAGUGAAAGUGCCGCGGCAGUCCCACCGCCGCUGUAGCCACCUCCCCCUCCUCCUCGACUUUGGCUGGGCUGGUUCACCUUCAAGCGGCUGGCGCGGCGGAGGGCCUGGCGGAGCGAGAGGGCGCCGAGCAGAGACCUGCAGGAGAGCGCAGCAUGAACGGAGGAGUGGACUAUCUGCUGUCGGAGGAAGUGAUCCAUCUCACCCGAGGACCUUCAGGCUUGGGAUUUAAUAUAGUUGGUGGGACUGACCAGCAGUAUAUCGCCAAUGACAGCGGCAUUUACGUUAGCCGGAUCAAAGAAAAUGGAGCUGCUGCACUUGAUGGCCGCCUUCAGGAGGGAGACAAGAUUAUAGCAGUUAAUGAUAAUGAGUUGAAGAACAUGCUGCACAAGAAUGUUGUGGAACUUUUCAGGACAGCUGGUGACAAUGUUUCAUUAAAGGUUCAGCACAGGCUGCUGCCCCAGAAUGGUCCCUCAAGCCACCGAGGAGAUGGAGAUCCAGGAGGGAUUCCUUUGACUAUGGUUUUGGUGCCAGGGCUGGCCAUAGCAGCAGCAGCAACUCUAUUAUGGGCCUUCCUUAGAUAUCGACAGCGAGUGUGACGAGCAUCAUUUUCCAAAGAUCUUGGUGUCUAGGAAAACCUAUAAAUCUGUAAAAUAAUUUAAACAGAAGAAAUCUUACUCUGGACUGACAGUAGGGAGAGGAGUAAUAGCGAAUCAUUGCUCAAUGCAGCCUUCCCCAACAUGGUGCCUUUCAGAUGGAUUACAACUCCCAUUAUUUCCCACCUGGUGGGUAUCACUUUGGGAAAGGCUGGAGAAUGCUAAACAUUUCGGCUGCUUAGUGAGUUUCAAAUUUCAUAUAUUUAGAAUCUGCAAACUGACGACCUGGACAAUCUCACUUUACUGGCCCUGAAGAAAAUUGGUCCAGUCUUUUCUGAUUUAUUCUUUUAUCAUGCGAGCUUUCCUGUGCUCAACAUUUUUUCACAUGUAGCCAGGCAACAGAGCAGAGCUUGUAUGUUAUGUCCCCUGACAGAUGAGAUAAGACAACUAUCUGUUUUGCCACUUGCAAAACUGCUUCUGAAACAUGAAGGAAAUCUCCGGAGCAAUUGCAGCAUAGUUAAGCUUUGAUGUGGGGAGGGUUGGGUCUCAGAGGGAACAAAAUGUCCUUGAAAAUGCAAGAAACCAGGUUUAUCUGAUCGAAAGGAGUGUUGUGGAUUGCAGAUGCAGAAUCUAGUGUGAAAGUGAAAAAGGUAUUGGAUUUUUUUUUAAAAAAAAAAUACAGAUUUAUCUUUAUUCUCUUAAGUUUUCUCAGAAGAAUAUUCUCCAUCAUAAUGAGAGAUGAAAGUGAUAAUGAGCACAUCUUUCGCUAAUGAGUAAAAUAUUUUGGCAAGGCAGGCUAAACUUUACUUAAAUUAUGGCUAAACAUGAUUAGAUUUUUGUAGUGGUUCUCUUGCUGAAAAGGCAAAACAUUUCCUCCAACCUGAACGUGAAAAGACGAUGCACUGUUCCUUUUUACUCUCUAAGAAUGCAUUGUAUACAACUGAUGGUUUAUUUUGGAACGAUUGUGUGGAAUGCAUUGCUUUUAUCUGUGGGUUGAAAACUCUUGAUCGGAAAGUAGACCCUUGCAGAGUCUUCCUUCCACAUAACUUGUUUCAGAUUGGGGAGUCAAACAUUUUUUUUUCUUAAAUUGCUUAAGUGCCACAUAGCUCUUUCCAGUGAAAAGCAGUACGUGUUCAUGUUAGUUAUUUUUUGUUCGUUUGGAGAGUGUGAAUUACAUCUAUGUAAUUCUCUAGCCAUGCAGCAAGGCAGCAGUUUUUAUAUCACCCAAAAUCUGUGAAAUGAUGACAAGGUACUUGAACAAAAAGCUACAAUGCCUUCUCUUUCUGGAUGGCAAACCCCUUGUAUGUGGACUGUAUUAUAGAGUUGAAUGAUUUAAACUCCUUAAAAUAUCAUUGAUUUUAUUCUCAAA